GUCAAAGCCGCGACUCAUUUAUUCUCCAGCAGCCGAGCAGAGCGGACUGAGAGCGCGUGCGUGUGGUGAGUGUGUGUGUGUGUGUGGUGUGUGUGUGUGGGGGGAGAACGUAGAGCUCAUCAUUGUCAUCAUCAUCAUGACCAUGAGCGCGUGUUCACACUCGGAGACGCGCAGAACUUUGUGACAGAUGCUGAAGAACCCGGAGCGCGAGCGCGCGCCCUGACCUGGAGAACUCUGCGUGGACUUGUCUCGGGAAGACAGAAACGGAUGCAUGACUGGGUUUCUGAUCUGAUAGAAGGCAGACGACACGGAGGAGAGAUAAAGAAAGGCUCUGUGCUGAAUAUAUUCAUUCUCAGCUCCUGAGUGAAAUCCAUGUUUUGUUUGCUGCGGCGCGCUCUUGGAGGCUGUGCGCGCGCCACUUCCGCUCACUUCACCGCCGGCGCAGCUUGAGUCAUGACUUCUGGUUAUGCAGCGCAUGUAAUGGACAGAGCCAUCAACCUGGACCAUUUACACGCCAAGAAGAACUUUUCCGUGAGCCACCUGCUGGACCUGGAGGACGCGCGGGAGAUGGCCGGAGCUCAGGCCGAGGAGAGCAGCGCGGAGGCGGGCACAGGAAGCCUGGAGUCUCCGGGGCUCACCAGCGGCAGCGACACGGCGCAGCAAGACAAUGAGCAGCUGAACUCGGAGGAGAAGAAGAAGCGGAAGCAGAGGAGAAACAGGACCACGUUUAACAGCAGUCAGCUGCAGGCACUGGAGCGGGUGUUUGAGAGGACGCAUUACCCCGACGCCUUCGUCAGGGAGGAUCUGGCGCGCAGGGUUAAUCUCACCGAGGCUCGCGUGCAGGUGUGGUUUCAGAACAGAAGGGCUAAGUUCCGGCGUAACGAGCGCGCACUGCUGGCGAGUAAAAACGCCUCGCUGCUCAAAACCUACUCCGGAGACGUGACAUCGGUGGAGCAGCCGAUGGUACCGCGGCCUGCUCCGAGGCCGAGCGAUUACCUGUCCUGGGGAAACUCACCUCCGUACAGCGCCAUGGCCUCCUACUCGCCGUCAUGUGCCAACAACAACACGGCGCAGGGCGUGAACAUGGCCAACAGCAUCGCCAACCUGAGACUGAAGGCCAAGGAGUACAGCAUGAACCAGGUGCCGACCGUCAACUGAGAGAGGAAACGAACUACAAACGCGGGCGACGUGCGGCACCGAGCGGCCCUGAUCCCCCCAACAAAGACCUUUCACACCAAUGUUUUCUCUGUGUGGACGCGAAGGCUCGGAAGAAAAAACACGUUUAAAGAAAACUUCUAAAGCAGUGAUUGACGUCAACGGCGGUCAUAUUUUUUGGCGGAGUAGAGAAAACACGACUCGACUUGACUCUGAAACGGAAAGUGUGUGUUUUCACGGUUUCCACGGCCGCACGGGCGUCGCUCCUCGAGGAGCAGACUUUACUCUGGAGGUCUGGAGACUGAAGCAGCUCCACGGAUGAACUUUUUGGAAUGUAGCAAUGCAAAUCCCAUGAACGUUCAGGGAGCAUUCAGGACUUUUCCUUGAUUUCUCCCGGGACGUAAUCAAGAUCUCAGCCUGGACUGGGUUUUGUUUUUUGUUUUGUUUUUUUAAGAAAAAUGUACCUUUGUAAUGAAUAUACUAAGAUGUCACCUAUGGGUUUAUGUGACUGACAUAUAUUUUAAAGCAUGUAAAAACAUGCAGAGGUCUCCACACACACACACACACACACACACACACACACACACACACACACACACACUCACAGCAUAACUACACAAACAGGGAGUACACAUUUUGUACAUACAUAUACACAACACCUUUUAUACAUUCAUAUUAAAAAUAACAAAUAUUAGGCAUGGAAAGGGUGACCAGCUGACCAAUCAGAGGUCUUGUCUUAAUAUUUACCACAUAGCCACAUUGAUUUAAAACCACAUGUUCCAGCUGUUAAGUUGUUUGGAAAUCUCGGUGUGGCAUCUCUGCCUGUCAAUCACAGUCCCAGGGAAGGAGGCGUGGCCUGUAUACCUGUCAGUCCUAGUACUAGUGAAGGAAGUGUGGCCUCUGUGUGUGAGAGGAGUCUGAGAAGUCUGAGAGGAGGCGUGGCUUCUAUGUAUGGAUUCAAGCUCUGGUCUUUUCUUAAGAUAGAAAUUAAACAUCACUUCUUGCAUGACUUCUUUCUUAAUACUCGCCUUAUUAUUGUUCUAGUUUUGACUUAAGGGGGAGGGGAAAGAUGACGAGUGAGGCGUAUCUAGGGUGGAAGGCAUGUCUCGUACAUGCUAUGUGAUUUUUUCAACUCACUAAGGGUGUUAAAGAUCUCAGUUUGACUCCAUAUAUGUGCCGGUCAGUCUAAGAGGAGGCGUGGCCCAUAUGUGUGUGUGUGUGUGUCUAUGAAGGGGCAUGGCCUGUGUACCUGUCAGUCGAAGAGUAGGUGUAGCCUCUGUAUAUGGCGUUCAAGCUCUGCUGUUUAUUUUCUUUUCAUCAUAAAUCAAUCACAGAGAUUGCUAAAAAAAAAAAAAAAAAAAAAGACACCGCAAACAAGAUUUAUUUUCUUUACAAUAAUUCUUUUACGAGACAAUUUUCUUUCCCUUUUUAAAAAAAAUUUACUGUACUUCUUUCAUGUUGUAUAAUUGUCUUUUGUGCACUUCAGUUUGGCUUUGUUUUAAAGAAAAGGAGUGGGGGGGGGGAUUGUGAGGUAAAAGCAGAGAGAGGAAGGUGAGUCAUGUACGUGAUCGGCUUUAAAAUAUUUUUAUAUAAAAUACUGCAUUGACACGACGUGCUCAGUCUUUCAUAGUUUCUCUUUUUCCAUCAACGUUAAAGACCUUGAUUUGAUUCCUGUACCUGCCGGCUGCAGUGAAGUAGACGUCAGUCCCAGUGAAAGAGGCGUGGCCUCUAUGCCUGUCAGUCCCAGUCCCUGUGAAGGAGGUGUGGCCUCUAUGCCCAUCAGUCCCAGUGAAGGAGGUAUGGCUUCCAUGCCCGUCAGUCCCAGUGAAGGAGGCGUGGCCUCUAUGCCCGCCAGUCUCAGUGUAAGAGGCAAGGCCUGAGUGUCUGUCAAUCUCAGUCCCAGAGAAAGGAGGUGUGGCCUCUGUACCACGGAGCCUCAAUGAAAGAGGCGUGGCCUCUGUGACUGUCAGUCACAGCUCAGCCAAUUAAACUAAACAAAUAAAUAAUUUACAUGGUCUUGUUACAUCGGAUUAUUGAUCAUGUAUCAGAUCAUCUCAAAACUAAAAGAUCUACAUCCCUAAUAUAAUACAAAAAAUAUGCAGUUCCACCUGAAUUAAUGUGGAACAACAUGGUGUUAAAGCAUACACCAGUUCAAUACAGCUCGUGCAAAGUUUGUGUGUGUGUGUGUGUGUGUGUGUGUGGCCUUUACCUUUGCCUUUCUUUUUGUAUAUGGCUUGAGCAUAUCUGAAUCUGUUAUAUUCUUAUGCAAUAAAACCUCCGCCAGCAGUGUAAUGACGAAGGAUUAGUUUGUUGUGGAACAAAAAUAUAUUUUCUGCGUUCUUCAUACUGUACGAAGGUAUUCCCAGUAAUGAUGAACAUCUUUGAGUCAUCUGAGCUGUUGCAGGCGACAGUAAUGAGUAUUAUCACACGCUACAUGCUUAGUUUCUUCAAAGUUUUAGAAUAAAAUUAGAAAAUUAGCAUGCACUCUCAUACUUCUACUAUUUUUGGGGUCCAAGCACUUGUUGCUUCUGUAAGGGCUUUUUUAUUUUUUAUAUCUUGUAUCUUUAAAGUAACUCUAUACUUUGUCAGGUUUGUCAGUUCAUAUAGUUUAUUUUUUCUUUAAAAAAGAGGUCCAGAUGUAGAUUACAUUCUUUCUUGAUCUGGAUGAAGAAUGACCAAAAGUGUCUCUCUGACCAUCUCAUAUCUUUAAAAACACAAUAAAAACUCUACACAAUGA